CUCUCGCGCUCGACCCACUCGUGGAUCUCUGAUCCCCUUCUCGUUGUCCGAUGAGCACCGUAGUGUACAUUCAUUGAUUGGACGGCUUACGUGGAGAGUCCGCAAGUGUGGUAACGUUAACCACAAUGGACGACUUGUGAGAAUAAUGAGGCUUUGCGCAGUCGUCUUUGGAGGCUCCCUUUCCUUGGCGUGUUGCAUUAUGCCAAGACAUUGCUCUCGUUCGGCGGAUGGAUCAGCGCAGGACCCCGUCAAGCACGCCACCCCCACUCCCAACACUCCAGCGUUGAAGCUUUCUACGAGUACAUGCUGCAGAUGAGAAACGACCCAUUCAAAGCCAAGCGAUAUGCUUCCUGACCAGAAGCCGAAGCAGGCCGCACAAUACCGCGAAUCUCUUGCGGAUCCCGCUGACCAACGGGGUUUUCGGGUUUUCGAGGUUGCGUCGGCUGCCAGAAAGCUGCCAGAACCGACUAUGACCGACUUCGGAGAGCUCGACUCUUUGAAAGAGGAUGCCGAAUGAGCUGUCUUGUCAUAGGUACCAGAACCCCCCCCCCUUUCAAC